UUCAUGUGACGACGAUUGUUUGCCGUUAACUCAAGAAGAUUUAACUUCAUGGCAACCGAUAGAUUCCAAUAACUCGGCACUCAAUAGUAAUACUUCAACAAAAAAAUCAUUGUCACCACAAAAAGAUAAAACUAUAUCUACUCAAUCGUCUGAUCAAAAUGAUGAUGAAUUUUAUACUAAUAACAAGGAAUUUGAUGAAACACAUCGACAGGAGAUGCAAAGACGUCAGGAAUUAAAACUUGCUGCACAAAAAGUUACUGAUGGUUUGAAAAAGAAAAAAAAGAAAGAUAACGGUAGGGCAUACGGUAGGGCAUUUGGUAAGGGCAGUUACUUUGGAGGACGGGCAGUUACUUCGGUGAACGGUAAGGCAUUUUGUAUAGCACUUGCUUUGGAGAAUCUUCGAAUUGGACGUGCUGGGCCAAAAGAAAUUUGA